UGUGACCGCCGGUGAACUUGACUCCAGUCGGCGGCACCGCUUCCCGAGAGUCACGUGACGCUCAGCGGGUAUAAAGGCCCGCCUCCCUGCUGGUGGUGCGUUCAGGACAGGUCCGCACUCUGACACACGACGAGGACCAGCGUGAAGAUGGCCCAGUGGGGGGAGAUGCUGAGGCUCGACCUGGUCCAGGGCCGGUUGAGUCAACUGUACGAGAGGAAGUUCCCCCGACACAUCCGCCACUGCCUGAGCUUCUGCAUCGAGAGCCACGACUGGGAUUCAGCAGCUGUGGACGAGAAUAAAGCAGCCGCCUGUUUCCACGCACUCCUGCUGUAUUUGGAACAACAGUGGAACCGCUCCGUCCAGGACAGCAACGUUCUGCCAGGACCUGAUUAUCCAGGGAUGAAAGACUACUUGGUGAGACACUUUCAAGAUGAGCCACAGAACCUGGCUAGAAUCCUCUCUGGAUGUCUACAGGAUGAAAAGCAAAUCCUGGCUUCAGCCUCUCAAUACCAGGGUCGUGGCAGUCCAGCUGUGGAACACCAGUGGAGAGAUUUGGACAACGGAGUGGAUGAACUGAAAAGGCAGAUUAUGGAGGUAAAGAAGGAGAUCAGGUCACUGGAGGUCCUGUAUGAAAACCAUGACUACAUAGAGAAAACCUGGCAAAGCAAAGUGGAGCAGUACGUCGGACUGGCCCAGUCCCAGGCAGCCGUGAGAGAGGAGUGUCUCCGCCAGGCCAAUUUUAUCAUGCGAACAAAGGAGAUGGUGCUUGUGGAAAUACUGAACAUUUUAAAACAGGCAGAGCAGAUUGUGGCGGUGCUCACUGACGUGGAGCUGCCCGAGUGGAAGCGCAGGCAGCAGAAGGCCUGUGUUGGGGGUCCGGUCGACACCUCUCUGGACCACCUGCAGAAGUGGUUCACCACUGUGGCAGAAGUGCUGCUACAAGUCCGCCAACUGCUGCAGAAGCUACAAGAGCAAAGCAAGAAGUACAACAGCGCUGACGCCUCCGGCCUCCCUGGAGAACCUGAGACGUUUGCACUGUCUCUGCUCACUAAACUUCUUGCAAACGCUCUAGUGGUUGAGAAACAACCUGUCAUGCCGAGUAUACCACAACGCCCUCUAAUACUGAAGACCAGUGUGCGGUUCACAGCGGCAGUGAGGUUCUUGGCAAACCUCCCUGAAUUCAAGUGCCUGCUCAAAGUCAAACCUGUAUUUGACAAGGAUGUUGAAGAAGCCUUGAUUAUGAAUGGGCUCCGUCAGUUUGCCUUCUACAGGGACGACAGUAAGGUGCUGGACGUGGACUCACCAGCCGGAGGCUUGGUGGCAGAGUUUGCUCACAUGUCUAUCAAGGAAAGCAAAAUGAAAGCCAAAGGAUCAUGUGAGAAUCGAUUGGGAGUCACUGAAGAACUCCACAUCAUCAAGUUUGUGACAGUGCUCCAGUACGCAGGACUGAGGUGUAACAUCGAGGCCAGCUCGUUGCCUGUGGUCGUCGUCUCCAGCACUAAUCAGAUCCCCAGUGCCUGGGCCGCACUCAUGUGGUGCAGCAUGUUGUCCAGCAGCGAACCGAGGAACCUCUUGUUGUUUGCCGACCCUCCUCCACUCAGCUGGCAGCAGCUGUCGCAGGUCCUGAGCUGGCAGUUCUUGUCCGUUGGCCAACGGGGACUCAACGAAAACCAGCUCUCCAUGCUCCGAGACAAAAUUGUGGAUGAUCCUAAUGGUCUCAUCCACUGGAGCCAGUUCAAGAGUGAAAGUGCCUGGAUUUGGAUUGAAGGAAUCCUGGAUUUGAUCAAAAGACACUUGGUGGAUCUUUGGCGGGACGGGUGCAUCAUGGGGUUCGUGAGCAGGAAGACAACACAGGUCCUGUUGCGGGAGAAAGUGACCGGGACCUUUCUGCUCCGCUUCAGCGAAAGCAACAAAGAGGGAGCCAUCACGUUCAGCUGGGUGGAACACCUCAAUGGUGAGCCAGACCGGUCCGGAGGGGCAGUCAGGUUGAGGCAGUGCUGUUCCAUCACAGAUGAUGUACUCACGCUGUGUAUGUCCUACACAUGCACCCUUGGACCUGCUCUGACGCACAGUUGUAAAGAGGCCCACGUCCAUGCAGUAGAUCCCUACACCAAGAAGGAUCUGCUGGCCCUGUCUCUGCCGGACAUUAUUUACCUGUACAGUCUGCGGGCGCAGGGGAACGUGACCAGGAACCCUCUGCUCUACCUUUACCCAGACAUCCACAGAGACGCCGCCUUUGGACGCUACUGCAACACUGUCAACUCGGCCCCUAAGACGGACGUCAGCGGGUACAUUGACAGAAAACUCGUCCCUUUCUCAGUCUACCACACACCACCCUCAUCUCCACAUCUGCACAUGGAGGUGGACCCAGACGCGAGUGUAGAGGAUCAUCAGCUGAUUCAGGAACUCUACGACGAUCUCCUGGAUUUACCUGGAUCUCCUCUCUCCUUGUCAUCCUAUGCCAACUUCUCUGAUCACUAUAGCCCCUCAUGAAAAAAGGGCCGGGUCAUCGUGAAAGAUUUACAGUUAUUGCAAUGUAAAAUCUUACUCAUCAACCCCAAGGAGUAUAUUUUACAUGGUGUCAGGAAAAAAGAACAACAGCUACAAUAAAAAGUAAAAAUGUAACACGAACGAUGGGCAGUAUGUGUAGGCGAGCAUUCUACUGUAUAUUUACAUGCAAAAGUAAAUAUGGUUCAUAGAGUUAAUUUUCUGGGGAGUAAAGGUUCUGCUUCAUGUUUAUAUCCCACAAAGAAGUAAGCAAUGAUAAAAUGUUGGGUAAUGUGAUUUUUCUUAUUUUAUGAAUAUUUGUACCAGCCCUCUGUCUUCCAGGGAUAUGAGGCUGCAGAGCAAAGUCCUGCUCCUGAGGGUGAAAAUGACAAUGUUUUUGUUAUUGUUUUGUUUUUACUUUUGCUUAUUAAAAUGAACAUUUGAAUGAAUUAUA